AAAAGCAGGCAGAAAUCCAUGCGCGCGAGCCACCCUUUAUAAAUCCAACUCCCAAUGUAUCAAAUCUGUCCCGACGAAACCAAAACCCAAAAGAAAGGUCUACCUAUACUCUCUCUCUCUCUCAAUUUCCUCUCACUCCAGGCUUCUUUUUUUAAUCAAUGACGGGGGAAUUGCAGCUAGAGCCAGUAGGUGCAAGAAACCCUAGUGACUCUGAUCCUCUGUUAGACAACCAGACCGAUUCGUCUUCGCCGGCUAGUUCGAGUGAGAUUAGGAGUGAAGAUAUUGAAAAUGCUUCUACUCCUUGUUGUCGCAUCUGCCUUGAGUGCGAUGGCGAAGAAGAUGAUGAACUGAUAUCUCCAUGCAUGUGCAAAGGAACCCAGCAGUUUGUUCACCGUGCUUGCCUUGAUCAUUGGCGUUCGGUAAAGGAAGGAUUUGCUUUCUCCCAUUGCACGACUUGCAAGGCUCAGUUUCACCUUCGAGUUGAAUUGUUUGAGGACAACUCUUGGCGUAAAAUAAAAUUCAGACUUUUCGUAGCAAGAGAUGUCUUUCUUGUGUUUUUGGCCGUACAAACUGUAAUUGCUGCAAUGGGAGGCUUUGCAUAUGUUAUGGACAAAGAUGGGGCUUUUCGGAAAUCAUUCAGUGAUGGUUGGGAUCGGAUCCUGUCAAAACAUCCUAUACCAUUUUAUUAUUGCAUAGGGGUGCUUGCCUUCUUCGUGUUGCUUGGGUUUUUUGGGCUCAUAUUGCAUUGCUCCUUCCUCAAUAGCAAUGACCCACGUAUGGCUGGAUGUCAGAAUUGCUGUUAUGGAUGGGGCAUCUUGGAUUGCUUUCCCGCAUCUAUGGAAGCGUGCUUGGCACUGGUGGUGGUUUUUGUUGUUAUCUUUGCCAUUCUGGGGAUAGCUUAUGGUUUCCUUGCUGUCACAAUGGCAAUUCAGCGAAUCUGGCAGAAACACUACCACAUUCUUACUAAGAGGGAGCUUACUAAGGAGUACAUAGUAGAGGACCUUCAUGGUUCUUAUACCCCACCAAAACUUGAUCCGGAACAUGAAGGACGCUUGAAAAUGAUGAAGCUAUUGUAGUGAUGGAUUAAGAAUGAAACAUGAGACGUGUUCAAUGUCUUUCAAAUUAUUCAGGAUACAGAAGUUUAAAAUUUGCGGCUACUUUGUCAAUGGACCCGGGGGGAGAGUGCUGUCAUUUGUCUCUAAAAUCACCUAUUUGAUUUAUAGGGAACAAGAAUGCAACGUGUAUAUAUAAUACAUUUGUUGAUGAUAUAAUGGAGGCUGAAUCAAGCUGGACAUCUCCAUAUUAUUUCAAAGUCGUCUAUUGCAAUAUUAGUUAAAAUUCUUCUCCUUAAAAAGAAAAAGGACAAAAAAAAAAAAAGGUGUGAACCACGGAAACAGUGGCUGCUGUGCCUCCAAAUGAACAGAUCAGUGGUUCCGUGGCAUGUUCUGAAUAACAACCGGUUCGGUUCAAUAUGCCUUAUUAGGACCCGCUGAUCUGCAAAUGCACCUGCUCUACUGAAUUACCAGAAAACCAUUUCCUUUUAAUCAAAUUUUUUUUUUCCAUUUUAGCACAGCAUUUUUUAAAAAUGUCUUUAAUUAGCAUUUAAAUCCAACAAGCUAAGAGCUUCAAAAGCCUUUCCCCAUUGUUAAAAACUGGCCAAAUUUCGGUAAUAUCCAGGCACAUUUUU